UUGCGCGUUUUCCCGCGUAUUCUGUCAAUCGAGCGGUCACUCCACUUGUUGUGUUAUCAUUACUGAAUGAACAAAAAUGUCAGUUUUUCGUGCGAUAUCAUCCAAAUAAUCUGUGCAUUACCGUGUGGUUGGUGGGUGUAUCUCGUUUGCCAACUGUAUCAAGUGGUUCAUUCGUAUUUCGAGUCCUUGGAUUCUAGUUGAGAGGUUAUGGUGGAGCCCUGCAACGACUUGUGGAAUUCAUGUGGCACUGAAUUUUCAUUAACAAAGGUUUAACCGACAAAAUAUUGAGAUUGACACAAAUCAGUCCUGAGAUGAAAGUCAUGGACGUUGCGAUGGACACAGCUGAGGAGUCGGUUCCGAAACAAAAGAAACUUAAACAGGCACGACUCCCUUUCCAAAUGCUCACCUCGCCCCUCUCCUCGAACACCUCGACAAAAAAGCGAAAGCUCUCCUCCCCCUCGCCCACAAAUUGCAAGAGUCCAAAAGUCUUGAAAGUCGAGAAUAAAAAAGAGAACUCCUCCAAGCCCUCAGAAAUCCCCGAAAUCGACAUAACAUCAGACAAAGAAGACGCCGUAGAGUCUGGAAUCGAGGUGUCAGGGUCUCCGGACACAAUGUCAUCCUCGAAAGACAAGAAAAUCGAGCCAAAACACUCGAUGAAGCCAGGUGCUUUGACCAGACUGUUCCAGAAGCAGGCGGCAGCAGCAGCUCCUCCAAAGCCUCCACCAAUGGAAGACGACCAGAUCCCCUUGGUCAUCUUAAACAGAUGCAAUAACGAGUCCGAGGAGAAGUCAUCAGAGCCAGUUGCUGCGUCAUCUAGCCCUGGAAAAUCUCCAAAAACCGAUGACUCGAGUAAUGAUGCCCUGGCAGAGGUUCUCCCAACGUCUGAGGACGAUGACGACGACGAGAAUAGCAAGGAGAAGUCUCAGAAUUCCGAGUCGGACACGCCAUCAUCGUCUUCAGAGGACGAUAAAAAAUCUCACGAUGAGGACUGCUCGAAGAAUUCAUCAGACAAUCUACUGAAAACCCCGACACAAUCCAAGAAUUCUGGUGAUAUUCCCCUGAAGAAAAGGCGAUUGACACCAAAACAGGUUGAGAAAAGGCUGGAGAGUGCCAAGAAGAAGGAAGAGCGUCAGAGAGCGAAGGCUGAAAGGGAGUUGCAGAGGAACGAGGAGAGGAUGAAGCGGAGGAAGGAGCAGGAGGAGAAGAAAAUAGCUAGAAAAGCGAAAGAGGAGGCUGAAAAGGAGUUGAGGAAGAGGGAGAAGGAGCAGAAGGAGUUGAAGAAGCAACUGGAUAUUGAGCAGAAGCAGAGGGAGAAGGAGAGGAGGGAGAGAGCCAAGGAGGAGGAUAAGAGGAAGCGAGAGGAGGCCAAGGAGGAGGAGAAGAGGAAGAAGGAGGAGGAGAAACUCGAGGCAGAGCGUAAAAAACAGAAGGCAGCCUCGACUUUUGUCAGAUUUUUCGUGGCUAAGAAACUGGAGAACAGCAAGACUGGUGAUGAGGAUAGAGAGAAAGUCGAUAAGGUAAGCAAUUUCAUGCCUUUUCAAGUGAGAAAGGACAUGAAGAUUGCACCCAGGUGCAGGAGGUCCCUUCGGGAUGAGGAGAAGUCAGCUGUUGACGAGUGUCUGGGGGAUCAUGGAGGAAAGGGGGAGCUGUACAUCAAGGAGAUCAAGAAGGAGAGCUGGAAGAUGAGGAAGUCUGGAAAGACCUGGCCUGCUGAUGAUGUGGCUAAGGACGAUGUUGUGAUAAUUGAGGAGGAUGAUGGGGAUUCGAGUAUUGUUAAUGAACCUGAGAGGACUAUUGAGAAGUAUCGAGCCAAGUUGUUGUUGUUCAAGGAGAAUAGGAGGCCUCCUUAUUGGGGGACUUGGAGGAAGAAGAGUCUUGUGAUCAAUCCUAGGAGACCCUUUACUAAAGAUACUAAAUGGUUUGACUACGAGGUUGAUUCGGACGAGGAGUGGGAGGAGGAGGAGCCUGGGGAAUCGUUGAGAGGCUCGGACGAUGAGAAAGACGAGGAGAAUCCGGACGACAAUGAGUACGAUGUUGAUAAUGAAUUUAUGGUGCCUCAUGGAUAUCUAUCGGACGAGGAGGCUCAGGCUGAUGAGGAGGACGAGGAGGAAAUGCCUUUAGAGCUUCAAAAGGACAAGCUUAAAAUCCUCGAAGAAGAGUUUGAGGCGGAAAUGAAGACAAAGACAUCCAAGAUAAAGCCAAAAGUUGUUGGAUGCAUCUGGCUGGGAAUUCUCAACUCUUACCCCGAGAACACACCUGCUCACAUCAUCAACUUCCUGAUGGCCCGUCAAGGCUGGCCGAAGGAGGCCCCAAUAGCCCUGACUCCCCCAGCAGAAUCCGAGGCCCUGGAAACAGAGAAUUUGAGCAAAAAGGGCAUUCCCGAGGAAGCAGUCCCCGAUCUUAUCCGCUUAAUCCACGGUAAUCUGCAUGGCCGGCCCUUCCUUGUGAAGGAGUUCUUCACCUACUGGACGAAAAAUCACCCAGGGCACGACAACUCCUUCACAAAAGUCAGUGUAAGUCGCAAGAUCAAGGAUCUGUCGAAGAGAAUUCCCUGUCCUGAGGAAGGGCCAAUGCACUUGAAGGCAUGCUGGUACGUGACCGAGGAGACACGGAGGAGGUACUCCCUGGAGGACCUGCGUCUUCCAAACCAGUGGACGUACUCCCUGACCCCCAAGAGGAAGACGCUGACAGAGGCCCCAGUGUUGUCAGAGAAAAAUGAGAAAGAUGUCAAGGAAAAACCGAAGGACAGCGAGCAGAAGAAGACUGCUCCCCUCAUCACAAUGUUCACGAAGAAAAUAACACAGGAGGAGAUGCAAAAGCAGCUCCAGGUGAGGCCCUCGACGCCAAAGCCAGCGAGCCCACUCAACAGACCACCAAAACGAGCGACCCUCAUAUCUGUGCCUAGAGGUGAUCAAGCCCCUUCUAUUCUGACAGCAUUUUCAAAAAUUAGCAAUGGAAAGCCUCAGGUGUCCUCUGGAAGGGCUGACGAGCCUAUUACAAUCUCAGAUGAUGAAAACAGCCGGAAUAGGAGUGUCGAUGAUACGACAAUCCAUGAUAAUGAAACGGAAAUUAUUUUUGACAUUACAGAGAACAAAACAGACGACUAAAUCACCAUUAAUAGGGUUUUUGGAACUGGAGAAAUGCCAGAGGACACGGCGAAGUAAACGUGUUUUUAGUAAUCAAUGAAUUUCGUGAAGUCUGAUCUCUCGUAUAUGUGACGAGCCCAUUACAAUAUUAAAUGAAGAAAAAGGUGUUGUCAAUAUGAAAUCUGGUGAAAAUAAGAGAUUACAUAUUGCCCACUUCAGAGAAGCGAAAAAGAGGACUAGACUCAUCGUGAACCUAGAGCCCAGAACGAAAAACUUUUUUCACAGUUAUUUUGAAACUGGGGGAAAACCCUUGAAGACACAAUGAAAUAAAAGUAUUUUUAGUAAUCGAUGAAUUUCGUGUUGAAGUCUCACCUAAAAACUUGUGCGAUCUCAGUGCAAUGUUGCGUGUGAGACUGCAAUAGAACUUACGACUUGGUCUCCUUUUACCACGAGUGGAGGGGGGCGGGCAAGCCAUCGGUGGGAAUCAAUGCGAUUAUUAUCGUAUAUCUCCCACUGGAGUAAUCGAGUAAUAAAUCGCAAACGUGUGCACUGGGUUUUUUUUUCUCGAGUUUCAGUUCCUUCUUUUACAUGUUUAUUUCGUUGUUUUUUUUUCUUCACGUCAAUGCAGAUAACUGACAGUUGGAAAUUAAUCCCUAUGCAUACGAUUAUCAUUAAGCCUGAGUUUAUAUCGUAGGUUUACACUGUUAUUUGUUGCAAGCUGCAGUGGACACUAGAUUAUCGUAGAGCUUAGUAUGUCGAUGUUUAAUUUACCCAGGUUUCAUUAUUAUUUUGAUAUCUUUAUUAUGAAUUUUGAAAUUGCUCAGGGCAUUUUCAGUUAUGUCAAGUGCCUUCAAUAAUUCCCCUGACCUUUUGUGAUACUCUUCAUCUGAGAAUGAAAAUUAUCUACUGCCUUACAUGUAUUUGAUGAUUAAUAAUUCAUGUUGUCCAUUUUGAUAAUUAGUAUUUAAUAAAAGUAUCAUGAGAAAUUGGCUUUAUUGUCAUUGUUAUCAGAGAUUCUGGGGUUUAUAUAUUGGUGUACCAAGAGACGCCAUCGUAAUUGCCCCUGCGGGACCAUUGCACUCUUGGCUAGUGACUUGAGACAUUCUUUGAGUUUAAUUGCUCGUGAAAGUCCAUGCCGAGGGGUUA